CGUUUAUUACGCGGUUGCUGUACGUUUUCUUGAUUAAUUGCAAGAUUUUCUUUGCAUACAAAUUACUUCCCCGGUCGUUAAACGUAAGCAAGAUCAAUCAAGCACUGUACCAACAGGGAAGGAGAUAAAGCCGAACAACUGAUUUGAGCAACUGCUUUCGGUCAUUGUUUAAUUAACUGCCCGUGUGUGCACACAAUGCAUCGUUUGGUGAAGUCAUCUAGCGUUCUGCGUGCCCUUGCGACGUCCGCCAGGAACUACUCGGUGCCGGCUCCCAAAUCUUCGCCCGAGAUUCUCUAUACCGGUAUUUUUAUCAACAAUGAGUGGCACAAAAGCUCCACCGGAAAGACCUUUCCCACGAUCAACCCGUCGAAUGAGCAAGUGAUCGCGGAGAUUCAGCAGGGCACGAAAGCGGACAUCGAUCAAGCGGUUGUGGCGGCGAGAGAUGCCUUCCGCCUCGGUUCGCCAUGGCGCCGCAUGGACGCUUCGAAGCGUGGACAGCUGUUGUAUCGACUGGCUGAUUUGAUGGAACGCGAUCAGGUGUAUCUGGCGAGCCUGGAGACGCUGGAUAAUGGCAAGCCGUACUUCAUGUCGUACAACGUCGAUGUACCGAUGGCCAUCAACAACCUGCGCUACUACGCUGGCUGGGCCGAUAAGAACCACGGUAAGGUUAUACCGAUGGAUGGGGAGUUUUUCGUGUACACCCGCCACGAACCGGUCGGUGUUUGCGGACAGAUCAUCCCAUGGAACUUCCCGAUCCUGAUGGCGGCUUGGAAGUUCGGUCCGGCGCUGGCUACCGGCAACACGAUCAUUUUGAAACCGGCCGAGCAGACCUCACUGACGGCGCUGUACUUGGCGCAACUGGCGAAAGAGGCCGGAUUCCCGCCCGGUGUGAUUAACGUCGUGCCCGGAUACGGUGAUGCUGGAGCCGCACUCGUCGAUCACCAUGACGUAGACAAGGUGGCGUUUACCGGUUCCACGGAAGUGGGCAAGAAGAUCCAACAGGGCUCGGGGUUGAGCAACCUAAAGCGUACGACGCUCGAGCUGGGUGGUAAAAGCCCCAACAUCAUUCUGGCCGAUGCGGAUAUGAAACACGCCGUGGAAACGUCACACUUCGGGCUGUUCUUCAACAUGGGCCAGUGCUGUUGCGCCGGAUCGCGCACAUUCAUCGAGGACAAGAUCUACGACGAGUUUGUGGAACGAAGCGCAGAGCGGGCAAAGAAACGCACCGUGGGCAAUCCGUUCGAUUUGACCACCGAGCAUGGACCGCAGGUUGAUCGCGAUCAGUACGACAAAAUCCUCGGAUUGAUCGACACCGGCAAGAAGCAGGGUGCGCGUUUAGUGGCGGGUGGUGAAAAGGUGCAGGACCUGCCCGGCUACUUCAUCCAGCCGACCGUGUUCGCGGACGUGCAGGAUGAUAUGACGAUCGCGAAGGAGGAAAUCUUCGGUCCCGUGCAGCAGCUGAUUCGCUUCAAGUCGCUGGACGAGGUAAUUGAGCGUGCGAACAAGACCGAUUACGGUCUCGCGGCGGCCGUGUUCUCGAAGGACAUCGACAAGGUGAACUAUCUGGUGCAGGGAUUGCGCGCUGGUACGGUGUGGGUAAACACAUACAACGUGCUGUCGGCGCAGGCACCGUUCGGUGGGUACAAAAUGUCCGGCCAUGGGCGUGAAAACGGCGAGUACGGGCUGCAGGCGUACACGGAAGUGAAGAGCGUCAUCACCCGGAUUCCAGUGAAGAAUUCGUAAAAGCCACGUAACAAAUGUCCACAUAGUGGAUCACCGGUUCAGGGAAGUUUCUUUUUAGGAAACGUACACGCACACAAAGAGCUAGAAUAUCCUUAAAACAAUACAGCAUCACGUGUUUGUCAAACAAUUCCGUAUCAUAUGUUUUUGAAUGUCGUUUUUC